CCACUUUUGAGGUUAUCGACCAAAAGUUUUGAAAGGUUAUCUCGAAAAAUACAAAAACAAUAUCACAAUAUCAACGUCAAUAAAGCGAUAAUAUAAAGAAUUUUGUUUCAAUCAUUAAUUACCAUUAUUCUAAGAACGGUGCGCAAAACAAUUUUAUUUAUAAAUUCUAAUAUAUAGGUUAUAAUUAGUGAUAAAAAUUUACCGCUUAGAAUCGUCGGGGGGAAAAGUAAAUCAACAAUGUCAAGACCAAAAAUACUUGUCACUCGUCCUGAUAUCCCUGCGAUUGGCUUCGAAUUACUAGCAAAAGAAUGUGACUUAAUUGUUGGCGAACAUGCGGAUGAAAUUUCACGCUCGGAACUGUUGUCAAAAAUUCCAGGCGUCGAUGGACUUUAUUGUUUACUGUCGGAUAAAAUUGAUGACGAAAUAUUAAGUGCAGCGGGUGGGAAUUUAAAAGUUGUGGCUACAAUGUCCGUUGGUGUUGAUCAUUUAGAUUUAAAAGCACUGAAGGCGAGGAAUAUUUUAGUUGGUUACACUCCUGGAAUAUUGACACCAGCCACUGCGGAAUUAACUGUCGCUCUACUUUUAACCACAUCCCGAAAUUUAAUUCACGGCAAUAGGGCAAUUUUCAAAGACGAAUGGAAGGCUUGGGGUCCAACUUGGAUGUUAGGCCCGGGAUUAUUAAAUUCAACGGUGGGAAUUGUGGGUCUGGGAAGAAUUGGAGUCGAAGUGGCGGAAAUAUUGAAGGGUUUUAAGGUAUCGAGAAUAUUGUACACGAGUCGAAGGGAAAAAGUGGAGGCGGAGAAAUUUGAGGGCAAAUUAGUGGAUUUCGAUACAUUAUUGAGGGAAAGUGAUUUUGUGAUUGUCACCAUUGCAUUGACGCCAGAAACAAAGGAAAUGUUUAAUAAGGAGGCAUUUUCAAAAAUGAAAAAAACAGCAGUUUUUAUAAAUGUUAGUCGAGGACAAAUUGUUCAUCAACCAUCACUCAUAGAGGCGUUAAAAAAUCGACAGAUUUGGGGCGCUGGUCUUGAUGUCACCACUCCAGAGCCAAUUGGCUCCGAUCAUGAAUUACUUCAAUUGGACAAUUGUGUCGUAAUUCCACAUCUUGGAAGUGCCACGUACGAGACGAGAAAUAAUAUGGCUGUUAUGACGGCGAAUAAUAUUCUUGCCGCACUAAGAGGAAAACCGGAAGAGAUGCCAAAUCGUCUUCUUUUCUAAAUUAUUCAUUUUCUCCUAUGUGAAAUUAUUUUUCGAAUUAUUUUUACGUUAUAAAUAAUAUAUUUUGUCAAUAAGAGCAAAAAUGUCAUAAUUUCUAAUUUUUAUAUUACAAUCAAAAUAUCUAUAUUUUCUUCUAUAAAUAUGUAAAAAAAUCUUAAAUUACCAGAAAGAAACGAGAAGGAAAAAAACAUAAUUAUUAUAAAUAAAUAUUAAUAUUAAUUAUAAAUAAAUAAUUUUUGUACGCAUAUAAUAAAGUUAUAAACAAUA